AUGGAUCAAGAACCGAUGACACUAGAAGAUUGGCUGGACGACCUCAGCGUCCGCUUCAUCAUAAACCUCCCCGAGGAGGACCUCUCCUCCACCGCUCGUAUAUGCUUCCAAAUUGAGGAGGCCCACUGGUUCUAUGAGGACUUCAUCCGCGUCAUCGACCCUUCCCUCCCGCACAUGGCCUUGAAGGACUUCUGUCUGCGCAUGUUCCAGCAUUGCCCCAUCCUCGCUCCCUACGGACCAGAACAGCAUCUCCAUGCCUACCAAGAGUUUAUGCAGUACAAGACCCGCAUACCCGUCCGCGGCGCCAUCCUGCUCAACCACGAGAUGGACAGCACUGUUCUGGUCCGUGGCUGGAAGUCCAAUGCGAGCUGGAGUUUUCCGCGCGGCAAGAUCAACAAGGACGAGGAUGAUCUCGACUGCGCCAUCCGGGAGGUCUACGAGGAGACAGGCUUUGAGAUCCGCGAGGCUGGGCUCGUCCCCGACGACAGAAAUGUUAAAUACAUCGAGGUCACUAUGCGCGACCAACAUGUCCGCCUCUACAUCUUCCGGGACGUGCCCAUGGACACUGUCUUCGAGGCAAGGACGAGGAACGAGAUUGGCAAAAUCCAGUGGUACAACCUGCAGGAUCUUCCGGCGUUUCGUAAGAAGAAGGGCGCAAAGCAGGAGCCCAACGGAGCCAGCGUGGCUACGAAUGCUAGUAAAUUCUACAUGGUGGCACCCUUCCUCGUUCCCCUCAAGAAAUGGGUCAUGAGCCAGAAACAGCACGACGCCAAGAGGGCUGCACGACAUGGCGAACACAUGCCGCCUGCCGUGGUCGAGGAUGAUGUGUUCGUCGACGAUGGCAAUGUGCAGCAAUUCCAAUCAUCCGCCUACCCCCAGGUGAACCAGCCCCAACCCGGAUCGUACGCAUACGCCGAGCAGCAACUCCGGGAUUUCCUCAACGGUGAGCCACAGCAACCACAGCAUCAUCUAGCAUCGGCAGCUCAGGCAGCUCCAGUGCCUCUAAGCGACAACCAGCAGGGGGAAGCUCUGCUGUCGAUGCUCCAGGCUAAAGAGCCGAUGGGGAGCCACGCCCCUGCACCUACUGCCGGAUCUGCGCAGCACCAGUAUCCCCACACGCCAAUGAAUCAUGCAUUCACUCAGGUGCAGCCUCAUAGCCCGCACUACCAUCAUGCUUCCCAGCGCCUGCCUCACGGUGCUUUCGAGAACCCUCCCCAAUUCCCUAUCGAGGCCCAAUCAGCUUCCGGCUACCAAUCACAGCAAUACCAACAGCACCAAGUCAGGCCACAAGUCCAUAUGAGCACUGAUGCACAUGGGCGCUCUAACUUCGUCGUAUCUCCCCGCCAGCAUCACAACCAGCCCCAACUUCUUCACCCCCAGCCUCAGCCUCCGCAAGUACAGCAGGCGCUGCUCAUGCGUGGCAUGCUAGGUACACCCGGACUGCAUGAUCAGCAAGCCCGUCCGGGCCAAGCUCAGAACCCUCAGAACUUGAACCAAUAUCAGCAGCCCAACACUGCCCCCAUGCAGAGCCACCCAGCAGGGCCUAGAAUGCAAGCUCAUCCCUCGGCGCAUUCCAUGGGUUUGCUAAACAUGUUCAAGGAGAACACUGCUCAACCCCAUGUCGCCCAGGACGCAAAUCAGCCAAGACAGGUCCCUCCGACCGACAAACACCGGUCCGGUCUCCUUGGCAUGUUCAAGCAGGGAGAGCCAUUCAAGGCUGGGAACAUGGGAAACCAAAAUAUUUCGCCCUCCCAAACCCAGUCUGCCGCCUCGGUACCAAAGCCUGUUCAGAAUGUCUCGACAGCUGAUACACUGCGGACCGCAGCAGAGGAGAAUGGCCGUCCGCUAGUAAUGAACCCAGAGCUGAACUUGCCCUUCGGGGCUCUCUCAAUCGCUUCACGGCCCAAGCCUGGUCAACCCGGACCGGGACAACCUACCUCUGGGUCGGCUUCGAGAACCCAAGCUUACGGCGCCCAACAAAGUCCGACCUUCAGCAAGCCUUCUCCACAGUUUGCUCCACCCGGCCCUCACCGGAGAGACAGUGCCGGCCGGGCUCCAAGCCAGCUCUCACAGCAGUCGUUCAGCCAGCAUUCUGGGCAGCCCGCCGUUCAACAAACCCGGACACUGAGUUAUCCUUACGGAGAUAGCACUCAGCGGAAUGUGUCUGCUUCCGACAUGACAAUCUCACGGGUACCCGACUCAUCAGCUUUACCGCUGCCCAACUUGUUGCGCCCGCGCCAGGAGCAAUCCACUGAGCAGCGCAGCCAGCUCCUCUCGCUCUUCAGUAAGGAAAAGGGCCCUACUGCUCCUACGCCGCCUGCCAACCCCGCCACGGAUCAGAAGAACCAUCUUCUGUCUCUGUUCGGUCCCAGCAAGGGCAAGGAGUCGGUAUCCAUGUCAUCGGCCGAUGUCGCGCGGCCAAGAUCGCGCGUCGCGUCCAUCGCCUCUGGGGCCGGUGGAGAUGGCAUGGGUAGCAGGCGAGGAAGCCAGACGACACCUAACCCGCUGUCGCCGGCUGACCAAAGCUUUCUACUGAGCUUCCUUAAGACGAAGUCGGAGACUGCGUCACGCUAG